AUGACAACGGUAGAUUCUGAUUCCGGACACACACCAAAAAUAGUUUUACCACAAACAAUUCGACCAUUUCCAAAAGCUACUUCUAGAAAAAGUCUUCGUCGUGGUAGACAGCCCGGAAAAACUAAAAUUUUAACAAAAACGCCAGAAAAACUAGACCAAGAUGAUAAGUAUGCACCGAAAAAUAAGAAAAUUAAAAUAACUACGAAAAGGCAAACAGGCAAAGCAAAGAAAAAGACAGUAAAAAGACAAGUUUUACAGUCAAGUGACAGUGAGACAGACCUUGACGAAGAACCCAAGUAUGAUGAUAGUUCUGAUAGUCCCUGGGAUGAAGUACCAGAUGUUACUGAUAAUUGGUUUUGUUUCAUCUGUGGGGAAGACAAAGUUAUGGACAUGAGACUUUGUGCCGUUUGUGGCAAAUAUGUCCAUGAAAUGUGUGUUGGACUAUCCAAAGAAGAUAAGGAGCAGUUUAUUUGUCCCAAUUGCUCCAAUUAA